CGUUUCCAUAUCAUAUGUGGUAACCCUUCUUCUCAGGAUUCCAAAGUACAGUGAACGGCAAAAGAGCGCCUUCCAGAUGCGCAAGGAGGAAGGGAGGUCGGUCUUCAUGGCCUCAUUCCAAGAGAAACAACUGCUACUUGAGGAGAGGAAAGAAAACACUGCCCCCAAGCCGGUUUCCAAUGCAUCAGCUUUCUACAGUAGAGGGCGCCAGAUUGCUGGUUACUCUGCCACGGAUGCAUUGCUACAAUCAAGGCAAACCAACUCUAACGUUACCCCUGGAUUCCUGAGCGUCUCUAACUCAAAGAGGUUGUACCCGAUCACAAGCUACCCGGCUGGAGGCAGAAGAGCAUCCCCACAGCAGUCAAGACGUCUCAGAUCAGUCUACAAGGAUUCUCAAAUCUUGGUAAUACGUGUUACAUGAACGCCAUUCUCCAGUCGCUAUUCUGUCUGGAAUGCUUCACUGCAGACAUGCAGAAUCAAGACAUCAUUCCACUCAUGCAGAAAUCAAGUCUCUACUGGUAAGACAUUUUGGGCCCCUCACGAUUGAGACUUGUCAGAGAAGAUGUGGCGUAAACA